AUUUCAAAGGUUGAAAACGUGGCAGGUGAUAGCUGUCAAAAUUUUCAUUCGAGCUAUAGUUAUGUUGUAUUAAUUAUUCACAAAAUACCAACUAUAUAUAUAUUUAUAAUUUUACAACAAACUCCACGAAUAUUAUAAGUAGAAAAAAGAUAUCUAUAACAAAUAACCUAACCUAUUUAAAACCGCGAAUUCAUCCCACAUUCAAAAAUGUCUUGGAUAAGGGAGAACACUUUAAACUGGCUACAGCUGUUGGCUGUCAAAAUAUUAAAAAGUGGCUGCGUUCCAAAACACGUUGCAUUCAUAAUGGAUGGUAACAGACGUUACGCCAAUAGAAAUGGGGUGAAAAAAAUAGAUGGUCAUUCAAAGGGGUUUGAUAAAUUAACUGAAACUCUUCAAUGGUGUCUUGAACUUGGGAUUCCAGAAGUCACUGUAUAUGCGUUCAGUAUAGAGAAUUUUAAGAGAAGCGAAGAAGAGGUGAACUGCUUGAUGGACCUAGCGCGACAAAAAUUUCAAAAUCUACUCGAUGAAAGAGAGAAGCUUAUGGAGCAUGGAGUGUGCAUACGAGUUAUUGGAAAUUUAUCAAUCACACCAAAAGAUGUGCAGAAACUGAUGGCAGAAGCUAUGCUCCUCACAAAAGAUAACAAUCGGGCGUUCCUCAAUGUUGCUUUUUCCUACACAUCUAGAGAUGAAAUAACACAUGCAGUAAAAGAUGUUGUCAAAGGCGUUGAAAGGGCUGAUAUUUUAGCAGAAGACAUAAGUGAAAAUUUAAUUUCCGAAUGCCUCUACACUAAUCACUCUCCAGAACCUGAUCUACUGAUACGCACAUCUGGAGAAAUUCGUUUCAGUGAUUUCCUGCUAUGGCAGACAACCAGUAGCUGUAUAUACUUCACCAAAGUGUUAUGGCCAGAAUUUAGUGUCUGGGAUUUACUGGCUGCAGUAUUUUAUUACCAACGUUGUCAUCUAGACAUGGAAGCAGUGAAACAAACCAGUCAGUCUUUAUAUGUUAGGAACAAUAACAAUAGAUUGGUGAGUUUUGUCAAUGAAUUACAAAAAGAUAGAGAAAGUAUGUUAAAGAAAAUGUCACUAGGUUUAGCACAUUCGUAAUACAUGAUAAUAUUGGAUGACUAAUUUUAGAAAUGCCUAGUAAAUGUAUAUUGAUAUUGAUGAUACUAGAGUAGCUGGUUACAGCAGCAAAACCUAACUGGCAUUUAUGUUAAAUCCUAGGUUGAUUUCCUAUGAUUUUCAUCAUAAGAUGUCAGUAUUAUCAUUAUUAUAUUUAUAAUAAUAUUUAGCAGCCAUAAAAGAUUCAGUCCAGAAUCUAAUGGGAUAAAAUAUAUUUAUUGUACGAUUCAGUUAUUCAAAUAAAUAAAUGUUGGGUA